AUGGACUUGCCUAAACAACAAUCUAUUGCUAAAUAUUACCAUACUAACUCAACUCGUCUCUUAAAUCAAUUCUCUGCCCAAAUUAUUAAAUAUCUAUCUAUCUAUCUAUCUCCGUCUGUUCCUUCUUUCCUAUCUAUCUAUCUAUCUAUCUAUCUAUCUAUCUAUCUAUCUAUCUAUCUAUCUACACUUAACACAGUGGACGAAGAUGAUGUGCCAUCUGGGAUGAAUCAUUCUAUAGUUAGUAUAGAUCAGGAGAGCAGCAGCACUGGCCAGAUAUGGAUGUUAUGCGUCGCGUUUAUCUGUACCCGACUCCACCAUUCUGUCCCUUACCCCUCUAUAUCUCUAUUUUUGUUCAAUUCUAACUCACCCUCUCUCUCUCUCUCUCUCUGUCUCUCUCUCUCCUUUUAUUCUUUCUUUUUUCUUUUUUCCUUCUUUCCUUCCUUUGCCGUUCAAAUUUUCUGUGAAGAAACCGACAGCGAGCGGGUGAAGCCUGCUAGUAUCUAUCUAUCUAUCUAUCUAUCUAUCUAUCUAUCUAUCUAUCUAUCUCUCUCUCUCUCUCUCUCUAUAUAUAUAUAUAUAUAUAUAUAUAUAUAUAUACUUGAUUCCGGUUUCGUUGCGCUGAGUCAGCAUCAAGGGCAAGGGAAUGGUAGAUAUUCGAUCAGUUGCCUUUCAGCAGAUGAGGAGAAAGACCUUUCUAAAUUUGUUUCGAAAGUCUGCUAA